GUUCCAAUCCCCUCCAUAUCAUGUGAUUCAGGUGUUCCAAUCCCCUCAUAUCAUGUGAUUCAGGUGUUCCAAUCCCCUCCAUGGACACAGGUGUAUACAGUCAAGGCCCUAGGCAUGCAGACUGCUUCUACAAACAUUGGUGAAAGAAUGGGUCGCUCUCAGGAGCUCAGUGACUCCAAGCGUGGUCCCGUGAUAGGUGGCCACCUGGGCAAUAAGUCCAUCCGUGACAUUUCCUGGCUACUAAAUAUUCCACGCUCAACUGUUAGUGGGAUUAUAACAAAGUGGAAGCAACUGGGAACAACAGCCACUCAGCCACCAAGUGGUAGGCCACGUCACAUGACAGGGCGGGGUCAGUGCAUGCUGAAGCGCACAGUGCGCAGAAGUCACCAACUGUCUGCAGAGUCAAUAGCUAAAGACCUCCAAACUUGGUGUGGCCUUCAGAUGAGCCCAACAACAGUGCGUAGAGAUCUUCAUGGAAUGGGUUUCCAUGGCUGAGUAGCUGCAUCCAAGCCUUCCAUCACCAAGUGCAAUGCAAAGCACCGGAUGCCGUGGUGUAAAGCACGCCGCCACUGGACUCUAG